UGUAAACAUGGAAAUAGAGGAGGGAAGUAGUUCCAAAGGUUAUAAAAAAAAGUUUGCUGGAACAUAUCAAAAAGCAAAACAAAGAGUGCUGAAUAAAUUGGGAAAACGCACGACACUUACAAGAAGACCCAAAAUUGACUCCCUAUCCAAGGAGUUUGAAGUUGUGAUAGAAACCAAAGAAAGCUUGGAAAAGAGACUAACAACUUUUCAACAUAAACUCAACAGUGUGGUGGCUUGUGGAAGAGACUUGAGAGAUACUUAUUUGCAGUUAUGGAAGAACCAAGUAGGCAGCUUAGUUUGGAACAACGAACAGGAAUGCUAUGAAAGAAACAAGUCCCCUUCGGAAACCAGGUUGAUCGCAGAUUUGGAACGUGCAGUAUAUGAACAGGACCGAACUGUUGAUGACGCUAUGGAACGUUUCCACGCCAAGUUGACCCAUUUAUCAGAGAGUCCCAUAUCCUUGGAUGGUCAGAGAGAAAUUGAGCUCGCAGAAAAUGUAAAACAUGCCAAGAAAUUAUAUAAGGAAUGCAGGACGAACUAUAGUGAUUCUGUCAUUGAUAGUCACGGUGCUUCUUCAAGUGCUCGUUCAAAGGAGGCCUUAGCGAAGCAAAAAUACGACUCUCAAGCUGAAGUAUUUGCACAAGAGAUAGCAACGUUUUUAGAACAUUACCGUGGUCAACUUCCUGAUCGUUUGAUCGAGUUUUUCGAAGCAGAGGACAAAAUGAUUACUGCUGUUGCAAAUGCACAUGCAGCGUCUAUGUCCAUGUUGGGAAGUUUGAAAAUGGAUAAAAAGAGUGCCAAAAGUUCACAAAGAAAACGUUAUGAAGAUGAAAAUGAAGAGUACGUGGAACAACAGUCGCCUUCUAAUAAGAAUGGUCCACAGAGUGCUGAAAGUGAUAGAAAGGCUUCUUCAUCCGUUAAGAAACAAGAUAAUUGGGAUCUUAUCUAUGGAGUAGAAGAAGUUGACUUGAACCAAGAAAAGGGAAGUAUGAUUGAUUUGCAAUAGAAAGAGUUGGAAAUGGGAUUGUUGGAAAUAGAUGGCUACAGACAAUGAUGCUGCAGCUUUCAGUGAAGAU